AAUAAUAAAUUCGUUUUCCACUAUAACCUCCGACACAAAAAUGGAGAAAAAUCACAUCAUUGUAAAUUCAAUAGGUACAUUCAUGUAGCUCUGCUGAGAAUCUAAAAUACUAUUUUUAUAAUGCAUUAUUAGGCAUUAGGUAAGUAUACCUCGUCAUAUUACGUGUACCACUGGAGAACAUUAAAUCCCUAAUCACAAGGAAUUAAUGGUUUUAAACCAUAGACAUAAUGUAAGAUAACUUGUUUUUUAUGUCGAUGUUCUAAACAGAAAGCACAAAUAUCUAAAACUAGUAUUUUUUAUAAUAUCACUUCUAUACCAGGGUCAAAAGUUGAAUACUAUAUAAGCGGGAUGUGUACACGAUCAAAUCGUAUUGUGAUUGGACAUUACUUUUUCGGUAACUAUUUCAACCAAGUAUACAACGAAUUUAUUAAGCUCAACUUUUAAACCAAUAUGGUUACCAGUUGUACCUAACAAUAGUUACCGCGCCCUCGCACGACGUACCUACCUGCCGUCCGGCUUUAGGUGGCUCACGGUCAUCAUGGCUACGUUUUGGCAGACAUUUAAAGGUCGACUAUGAUAUACCAUAUACCAUCACAAAACCUUUAUAAAACUUUUAAUACCGUGUUUUAGUAAGCCAAUCAGAAAAUAGUACACGGCACGGCGAGAUGUGAUUUGUGAACACGCCUAAAAGUCAUGGACUAGUAGUCGUGGUUCUGAUUUUUUUUCUUGCCAUUUGCCAGUCAGCCAGUUGCCCGGGUCGAACGUUUGUCUCAAAAGAAACCACUCAACGGUAAACGCUCUGAAAAAGCAAUUAACUAACGAAAGAGUAUAGGUAAACGACUAAAUAUUUAAACCAUUGUUUAAAGUAAGUCCAUCAGAGAAAAAAAAUACAAAGGAUAAUAUCAAUAAUGUCACAAAAAAAGGCCUCGAAAAAUAUUAAAAAAAAAGCAACAAUUAAUACCUUAAGACAUUAUUUUCCAUCUCUAUUAAUAAAGUAUAACCAGUGUAUCAGUAAAUUGCCAAAAGACAUUAAGUCGACCGAUGAAAAUCUUAUGUCAGUGUUCAGGAUAAUGUGGAAAAUUAAUUUGUUGCUCAAGAGUUAUAUGGACGGUGAUGCGGUCAGUUACAGUGAACCAAGACAUGAUAAAGAAAGGUGUAUUGAUAUGGAAACAACUCUAAAAGAGGUGUAUAAAACUAUCUGGAAGCUCAACUCUCUUUUAAUUGAUGAGUUCCACUUGGAUACAUGAAUUCAACACAAGAAUAUUUAAAUAACAGAGUGGCAGUUCAAAACAAAAUCAUUAAAUGGAAACAUUUUUUAUUUGUAAUAACAUACACAAAAUAUGGAUGUAUAAAAAUUUAAAAGAGUAACUUAUCAAUUAUAAUUCAUUAAAAUAAAUGACUAAAUAUGUUACAUUGUCUAAAAAUUAUACUAAAGAACGAACUUCUUGAUAGUUGAAUAUAAUCCACCCAUGUCACCUUCUAAGGUCUAAAACUCUUAACAUAUUAUAUUGUUCAGUUAUUUUUUUUUAUUUAAUAUUUUAGCUUCAAUUUUUAAUUUAUUAAAGUAUAACAAUUUAUAAUUUAUAUUAAGUUACAAAAUAAGUGUAUUUUUUUGUAAGUUAUUUAUUUCAUUAUUUAUUUAUUAAAACUGUAAUAGGCCAAACUCGGAAAUUACAAAAUGUAUAAAUACAUAUUAUUUUAAAUAUAAGAUGUAAUAUCAUAAUAUACAAGCAAACAAUACUGCUUAAGUGCUAUAGAUAUCCAAAGAAAAAUAAUGUAAAAGGUUUCUCAUAGAACCAUUACUAAUUCAUAAAAGUAGUCAACGAUAGCAUUAUGCAUAAUACAACAGGUGAAGGGAACAUUAUUAUUUAUUAAGAUAAUUAGUGAUGGAAUGAUGAGAGGAGUAUGUGUAACGAGACUAUUUAGAUAUUAAUAAAUGUAUGUAGUAACACAUUUUAAAUGCUCAGGAUAACUAAUGUAAGCUUCCAAAUAACAAAUACAAAUUAUUACAAAUAACAAAUAUAGGUUGUUUCUCAAAACCCAAAUCUAUACCUAACCUCCUAACCUUACACUAGUAUGAUUAAUACAAUUCGACCAAGAUACAAAUGGGUUUAAUUAAAUAUCUCGGUAGAUUAGGUAAAACUUAAUUUUCUCAGGUAUAUUUGUGAUGAAAAAUGUUGGAUCAAUAUCUCAAAUUCUAAAAUAUUUAGAUCAACUACCAUACAGUU